UUCAAUUGAACAAGCAGCACCAACAGCACCUACGACAACAUCACCUGGAUUAAGAGGAGCAACAGCAGUAGCAGUAAGAGGAGACCACCACCACCACCGCCACCACCACCACCAACAACAACAAUGCCAACAAGGAUGCUAUGUGAUGGAACAGCCGUAAGAAUUGAGGCUUUAACAUUGCAAGAAUAACAACAACAACAACAACUACAGCAGCAACAACAACAAUAAGAAAACCACUACAAUGAUGAUGGUAGAAAUGAUAAAAGAAUUAUGGAUGGCCAAGUAAUACAACAGCAACAAUAAAAGCAAUAAGAACAACAACAGCAGCAACAACAACUAUUCUAAUAACAUUAAAAGGAGGAGUUUAGUUUUAGAGUCUUACUUUCACUUUCGGUUAUCACAGAUUGAAUGUUUUUACACGUGUAUCGUGUAAUUGUAAGUAGAGUGAACAAGUCUACCAAGGCAUGGCUCAGUAUAUAAUGUAGUAAGAAUCCAAGUGUUCCCAAGGCAUGGGGUUGUUGGAAUAAAUGUAAAGAAUUCUUCAUCAGAUGGAAAGAAUAUUUCUAUUUGUUUUGAAUUAAUAUUAACACCAUUCCUAUAUGAAUAUCAAAACAACAAUGAUCACAGCACCACUUAUUAGCAAGGUGUCUAUUAUACAAUCUAUUUCACGUGUUCACAUUCAGUUAAGCCUCAUAUUACCCUACAAAUAAGCAAAUAUUUAUACACAGCCUUUAAAAUUUUAUUUAUCAUUAAUUUCAAACAUUGAAUUUUCACUCUUGUUAUUUUAUUAUUCCCAGAGAAUAUUUUAUAGGGAUAAUUCCGACAUUUUAAAAUAUUUUCUACCAGUUUGUACUGAGGAAUGGACUCCCAUCAAUAUGGGCAGCGAUUAUUCAAAGAAUCGGAAGUUAAAACAGAGAAAAGUGUCAAGCAAAGUGCAACCAUCUGAACCAAGCCACUCAGUUGUUAUUAGUGAGGUCAGUCGUGGCUUGUCUGAGAGCAAUAAUGUGGCGAAUUACAUUACUGACAAACAAAAGGAACUCGUUCUAGAAACAUGGAAAAUAGUCCAGUGCAACAUGGCCAGAGUUGGUGUUGUGAUGUUCAUGAAUCUUUUUGAGACCCACCCUGACGUUCGAGACGUGUUCAUGCCAUUUCGUGGUCUGGCAACAGAAGAUAUGAAACAGAACUCACGUUUAAUUUCUCAUGCAUUUCGGGUGAUGGGGACAGUCGAGAAAUGUCUUGCCCGUAUAAAUGAACCAAGGAGACUAGAAGAUAUGCUCAAGAAUCUUGGCGCCCGACAUGUUAUGUACAAUGCUAAAGUUGAUUACAUUGAUUUAAUUGGUCCUCAGUUCAUUCUGGCUAUCAAACCUGAAGUUGGUGACCACUGGUCGCUGGAAGUUGAAGAAGCUUGGUCAGAUCUCUUUAAGUUAAUUACACAUAUCAUGAAAGCUGCUAUGGCAUUUUAAAAAUCAUUUCAACCAACCGAAACUGGUUUAUUUUUGAUUCGUGGUAGAGUUGUGAUUGUCGGUUGAUGUCCACCCACAGAAACAACAGACGAAUAUCUGGAAUUUGCCAAAUGGCAAAAAAUAGAAUGGAGCAAGAAUUCUCUUUCCAUUUCUAUUUUUUGUUAUUUUUAUCAUAAAUAAUUGUCAUCUUUGCCAACAUCAUCACAAUCAUCAUCAUGAAAUGACAAAGGAAGCUUCUGUGUUGCAACUUAUCUUGAUAGAAAUAGCAAACAAAUCUCCUUCAUGUCACGUCUCAUAGCUUUAAAUACACAAAGAACACAUUAGUUAAUAUAAUCCUAGAUAAGCCUAACAAAGACAUGAUUGCGACUGAAUGACAUGGAUCACAUGUUUUCUCAAUAAGAGUGGAUUUGCAGCUCAACAUCAACGACAAUCAUUAUCAUCAAAGAUGGAAGCAAUCAACAAAAUUCAUAUUCAUAAUCAUCCAUGUUUCUUUAACAAGAGCAACAGCAUCAACAACAAUGAGUGACAAGAAUGUUUCUCAAGAAUAAAUGCUCCCGUUAUAGUUUUCAUUACCCACAUCUUAA